AUGGCACAGUUGAGGAUGCCAUCAAUGAUUAUGCAUGAUUCUGCCAUUGUCACCACAAGCUUUGCGCAAAAGGUGCUCCUGGCGCUCUCAGCUCUUCUGCUUGUGGCCGUCUUCAGCUACACCUGGCCGCAGGAGCCACUGCUGCCUCAUGCCUCAGCAACUAACAAAGGUGAGACAUCCAUGACAAAGUAUGACACUUCUGGAGAGGAGGACGUCCAGACAGUGCAGGAGAUCGUUCCUCAAGUCAGGUCACGGAGCGGCAAGGGCCGCAAGAAGCGACACAAGAAAGCAGAUCAAGAAAGCAGAUCUUCACCCGAGGAUAACCAGGAGAGCGGCCCAGAGGCUACCCAGCCACCAACACAUGAGGUGAAGCCCACCUGGAUCUUCUGUGCUGGACAAUGGCAGGAGUGCCUUUGCGGAGGGCGUGUGAAAUGGGGCAACGACGACAAGUGGAAGAUGAUUGAGCUGCCAAAGGACAGGUGUUGGGCAACUGGGAAGCUGUGGCCUAGGCUAAUCUCCUCCUGCGAGAUCUUUGAAGAAGGGCAGGGCACACUGCAAGAUCUCAUGAAUGUGCGGAUUGACGCUCGAUUCUUGAAGACCUAUGAGCGUCAUAUGGAGACGCGUCAGCAUAUAGAGACCUGGUCUGCUACGGCUCCAGGUGAUGAGCUCAUCCGCUCCGUGCAUUUGUUCUCGAAUGAGCUCAUUGUUGUGUUCCAUUUGGGCAGCUUGACUCCUGACACCUGGACCCCAGAGCGCUAUCCUCGUUUGCUGCUCAUGCAUUUGGCACCCUUGGGGCCCAAAGUUCAGAAGAGUUUCAACUACAACAAGCUUCGUGCUAUGCUCAUCUCUCGUGUUCGUGUUGGGGUGCAGCUGGACUCCGAUCAAUUUGUGGCUCCAGGGGCGGAUUACAUGUUCAACAUGACGGAGCGGGAGAUUACAAGAGAAUAUCCCAUUCCAAUCCUGCCAGUGCACUACUUCAGUUUCACUCAGAGGGAUGCGCCUUCGAACAUCUGGUGGCGCCGCUUUUGCCCCGACCCACCCAAGUGCGAGCUUCACUCCAUGCGAUGGAGUCACGCACAUCCCACUUGGACCUUUUGGGCUUUGCCAUGGAUAGGAAAGUGGCUCCGGCGUCACUUCCGUGAUGAAGAGCUCACGAUGGCAGGGGAGAAGGGCGCUUUGCGGAUAGCUGACAUCCCCGAGGACGAGGACAUGCUCAACGUAGCUGCCUGGGAGGACAAGGUGACGAAGCAGUGGUGCAAGUUUGACAACGAUCGAACAGAGUUUGAAGAGCUGAUCAAAUGGGAUCCUUCAAUGGGCACGAAGUGUCCACCCGGCACUGGCUGUUCCAACAUCAUGGCAGACUCGCGAUUCUACCCCAAGGGCGCCGCAAAGGCGCACUUCACUGCGCACAACGCCAAGGACCCCAAGGAGACAGCUAGGUGGAUCGACCGAAUCCAUGCUCGUUACAAGAAGGGCCUCUAUCCCACCAAAGUUAUUGUCUAUCAGGCCAGGGGAGAUGAUGGCCUUAGAAGACAUCACGCUUUGGGGUAUCCAAUUCAAUCAAGAGAAGAGAAGAGAAGCACUUUGUUUGUUUAUAUAGUGUUUGUUGGUCCUGGCAGUUGGCGAAAGAUGCAUGACUUUGAAUCUUUGUAG